GUCCUAGGUGUGUUACUAGGACAGAUUCAGUUUGCUCCAGGGCAGCCAAGCUCAGCCCACAGAGCUGGGAGGACCAGGAGGUGGGAGUGGGGAUGUCUCAAGGUCAUGUCCUGGUCUUGGUUUCUGGAGCUCCUGGCCAUACCUAGGCUUGUGGUGAGCCUGGCCUGUUGGGGAAUGCCUGGGGCCUGACUAGCCCAGUGUGGAUGCAGUUCCCUUGGCAAUGAAGAAACACUGCUGAAGUCCUGGGUUCAGGUUACUGGAGGGGAAACCCAGCCCUAAUUCCUCACACAGCUCCCUGCUGGGAAGUAUCACAGCUAUGCCGCAUACCUAUCUUCUGCUGGACAUUGGGGGGUUAUUUUCAGGGGUAGGGGGGGUCAUAAACGGCCCAGGCCAGGGUUCCUGAUGGGAAGUGGUUUGCUGGCUUUUGAGGCUUGUGUCCUGGCUGGAGGCUCCACCCAAGAUGAAAUUCUUGCUACUGGAUCUCAUCCAGGAAGCUAGGGCCAGUAGGGGGUUGCCCAGGCCCCCAAGAACACAGGACCAUGGGAGGGACAGUAGUGGCCAGGUCACCCCUCAGUCUAGCCCCUGCCUACUUUGAAGAUCUCAAGACCAGAGGGUCCUGUGUGAACCGCCUCCUACUUACCUAGCCAGGCCUUCCUCAUCCCAAGGCCCCCUGAGAUGUUGCCAAGGAAACUGAUAGAGCCUCCAGAGAGCCCCACCCAGGUCUCCAUAGCAACCUACCACAACCCACCAGGAUCUCCAUCAGUGAUGUCACCUGAGCCUGAAUGGGCAACCCCACCCCCACCCCACCACACUCAUCACAAUCAAACGUCAGAGUCUGAUAACAAAUCCCUGUCACAAAGCACCUCAUAGCCUCCCUCGCCCCCCAUCCUCACACACCCAGACAUGAGUCAGGGAGGGAACAGGUCAUUUUAUAGCUGGGUACCCUGACGCAGGGAGAGGAGGCAAGACACAAGCGUGGAGGCAGAGACAGGUCUAGAAACCAAGCUCCCUCAUUAUAUCUCCUCCCCUCCAUGCCCUGGAACCCACCCUAGUUCUAAGGGGUAGGUGAGCUCUGGGCAAUGGGGACUCCACAUGGUGGCUCAUCCCACCCACCAGCUCCAGCCCUGCCCCAGCUGCACUCUACAUCUAUGCUCCUAGAUGGGAGUCUGAACCUCCAGGCCCUGCAUAUGCCCUGAACUACAGGCCCAUCUGGGACCAGAAGGAAGGAAACAGACGUUGAAGACUUACAGCAGCUGAAUCCAGCCCUGGUCCAGUCCCACCCCUAGCCACUCCUACUGCCAUCUGACACCUGUCUGCCAGGAUUUCCCCAACUUUGGGCAACCUCCAGCCCAGGAGAAGAACAACCAGGAGCAGAAAGUCCAGGAAGGGCGAGGACCAGGCAUGCAUCUCUACCUGCAGUACACUGCCAGAGCACCUCCUUUUCUUCACCCCCCACCCCAAAGUUCUCCACGUGCUCCCCGAGGCUCACAGGGUGACACUAACCCUCACCCUGAAGGUCAGGCUCAUCAGGUAGAACCUUCAAUUCCCCAGGGCAGGGAGGGGAGGUAGGCAGGACUUGGCGCCAAGACUUGAAGCUCAGAUUUAGGACCCUUCAGUUCUACCUCAUAUAAGGGCCCUUUCGGGAGGGGGUGUCCUGAACAGAGAAGGGUGAAGUCUGUCCAGCCUGUAUUGGUCGGCUUGCUUGGGCUGCAGGCCAGGGCUGGGGGAGAGCAAAGGAAGAAUUCACUGUUAAAGGGCCAGAACUAAUUCUUCCCCAGAGGGGAGCUGGCACAGUUGGCUUGUCGGGCUUUCCCCCUUGACCCCAGCCAUGUUGAUACCCCCAACUCCAAGCCCCUCCCACAUACCUCUCAACCUAGUCCCCCUCCUGGUUCCUUCCCUGCCUUCCACCCCACACACGCUCUGCCCGGGCUUUGUCUGUCCAGUUGGUUGGGGCGGGGUCUCGGUGGGUGCGAGGUCCUGGGAGGGGGGCGGGGGAUUCCCCCGAGGGGGAGGAGGACCGACACGUCAGCCCCCGCAGCAGCGGGGACGUGGGUGAGGGCGGGGGUGGGGGCGGGGGCGGGGGCGGGGGCGGGCAGACACUUAAAUAGGCAGCUCUGGAGCCGGGACCCAGAGCGGACCGAGGAGGAGGCGGCGGCUGCGGCAGCGUCGGGUGUCCGAGCCAGGGUCUGCGAGGGGACUGUGUCGGGGCCUGGAACCUACUUCUCUUGACCGUGUCCGUGUGCGGUUGGACGGCGUCGGGCGCCAUGACUCUGAAUGGCGGCGGCAGCGGAGCCGGCGGGAGCCGCGGCGGGGGCCGGGAGCGCGAGCGCCGUCGAGGCAGCACACCCUGGGGCCCCGCGCCCCCGCUGCACCGUCGAAGCAUGCCGGUGGACGAGCGUGACCUGCAGGCGGCGCUGGCUCCGAGCGCUCUGGCGUCGGCCGCGGCGGGGACCGGGGCCCAGGGUGCGGCGCUCGACUGGCCCGAGGGCUCCUCCGAGUCGCUCAGCUCAGGGGGCAGCGACUCAGACGAGAGCGUUUACAAGGUGCUGCUGCUGGGGGCGCCUGGCGUGGGCAAGAGCGCUCUGGCGCGCAUCUUCGGUGGUGUAGAGGAUGGGCCUGAAGCAGAGGCUGCAGGGCACACGUAUGAUCGGUCCAUCAUGGUGGAUGGAGAAGAGGCAUCACUCUUGGUCUAUGACAUUUGGGAGCAGGAUAGCAGCCGCUGGCUACCUGGUCACUGCAUGGCUAUGGGGGAUGCAUACGUCAUCGUGUACUCAGUGACAGAUAAGGGAAGCUUCGAGAAAGCCUCAGAGCUGCGGGUCCAGCUGCGGCGGGCACGGCAGAUGGACGACGUGCCCAUUAUCCUAGUGGGCAACAAGAGCGACCUGGUGCGCUCUCGAGAGGUCUCCUUGGAUGAGGGCCGGGCCUGUGCCGUGGUCUUUGACUGCAAGUUUAUUGAGACAUCAGCAGCGCUGCACCACAACGUCCAGGCCUUGUUCGAGGGUGUCGUGCGCCAGAUACGCCUGCGCAGGGACAGCAAAGAGGCCAAUGCACGUCGACAAGCAGGUACCCGGCGGCGAGAGAGUCUUGGCAAGAAGGCAAAGCGUUUCUUGGGCCGCAUCGUAGCACGCAACAGCCGCAAGAUGGCCUUUCGUGCCAAGUCCAAGUCCUGCCAUGAUCUCUCGGUGCUCUAGACGCCACAGACCCAUACCGCGUUGUGCAUACAAGUGGACAGAUUGGUGGGCUGGCCCACCCAACUGCCCUAGGUGCCUCAGGGCUGGCUCAAACUCUGGGCAUACCCCACCUCAUGGUUAUGGACAGAGAGAUGAUGCUGCCCAGGCAGCUCCCACGGGCCAUCAGAGGCUGGGCCCACAGUGAUACGUGUAUAGGCCGGUGUAUAUGUGUCCCAAGCAGCAGCCCGAGCCCAGCCCGUGGGGCAGGCCUGUGUGUGGGGAUGGGACUCCAGCUUUCUCCACACUUGGGGUGUGCAUGCUCUGAAGGGAGGCUGUUCAGUGCAGUGUUUAUUUGUUUACAUGCAAACUUUUGUAAUAAAGACUAUUUCCUGAUAGA